UUUCAACAUUAGACGGUACGGUCGUCAUCUGAAUAGCCGCCGGACUUCUGUUGUAUAGACAAACACGAUGGAGAUUUUUUAUCCUCAAUAAGCCAUGCUAUAAAAUAUCUUUCCGGUAAAAUAUAUUAGUCUUGUGUAUUAAAUCGAGCCAAUGGAUUCACCCACUUGGAGUCCUAAUGAUUUUUCGCACAGUGAUAAUAAAGACUUGCGCGCUAAUCAAUGGAUGGAGCAACUUAUUGGAAAGCUUAAUAUUCCUCCAGAUAUUCAAGAUGAGCCUUUAUUCCAAGAAGCUGUUAAAGAGUUAGCCUCCUCUAAUUUUGAAAACUUAUCUUCUGGAGUGCAUCAGUUACGAACCAUAUGUGAUGUUCUUAAGAAUAAGGCUAAAUCAUUGGCUGCAGAAAAUUACCACAUAUUCCUAGCUACAAAAGAUGCAAGUCAGGAUAUCUUGGAUAAGACUUCUGAAAUGUUGAAUGCCAAUCAGCUCCUUUUAUCACAAAUCACUGAGCUUUUUCAAUAUUCCAGUGACUUUUUGUCCAAAGCUCGUUCUAUUGAAACCUCUCUUAAGAAGAACAGAAAUGCUUUGGAAAACCAUACACAGUUAUUAGAAAUAAUUGAACUUCCACAAUUGAUGCAGACAUGUGUGCACAAUGGCCAUUUCGAUGACGCAAUAUCUAUUUUUACUCAUAGUAAAAAGUUGUUCAGUAAAUAUGGAUCGAAUAAUCCCGUUUUACAAAUGAUUCAUGCUCAAGUAUCUGCAGUUGGAUCACAGUUUGUACAUCAGUUGUGUGAUCAACUAAGGUCUCCUAUAUCUUUACCUUCAUGCAUCAAGGUUUUACUCAGGUUAGAAUUACACAUCGCUUUAGAUGAUGCUUCAGAAAAAGAAUAUUCAAUUCAAUAG